AUGGCGUGGCAGCAAUAUCUACCAGACGACCGUCUCAAAUGGACACCGGGCUGGGACUCUCACCCCAUUUGGCCCUCCGAACCCGACAUCGAGGCCAUCAAGAACUUGAUCUGGUCCAAGUAUGCACGUCCGAGUUUGACACACUCCGACUCGCUUCAAGAGAAAGAGCGGCUCAAGGUUGAGUUUCUCGCCGAUGGGGCCCAUCACAAGGUCUACGACGUCAAGCAUCCCGAAUGGUCGACGCCCCUCGUUAUUCGGGUCGCCAUCCCGCUCGACCCAUCCUUCAAAAUGAAGAGCGAGAUGGCCACCCUUGCUUUCCUGAGGGAGCGGACCACAAUCCCUGUCCCGAGAUGCGUGGCCUGGGGCCUCGCUGCCGACACUGAGCUGGGUUACGACUGGUGCCUCAUGGAGAAGCUCCCGGGCGUCGAACUGAGACACGUCUGGCGGGAAAUACCCUUGGAGAAGAAGCUGGAACUCGUUGAUAGGCUCGCCCAAAUCCUAUCGCAGCUCUGGAAACCCGAGCGCAAGUUCGAUCAAAUCGGGUCCAUCGAUUUCCCUGAGCAAGCCACAGCCACCGACCAUACAAGCACAACCACCGAGAGAAUCACAGUUGGGGAUGCGACUACCACCCGCUACACCAUCGGCUCGGCUGUGGACACCUGCUACUUUUCAGGCUGGCGCUCCUAUCUGCAGCCCGAUCGCGGGCCCUUCCCAUCAUGCCGUGACUGGCUCAAUAACAUAAUCACGGUCGAACGGAAAGUUAUCACCACAAUUAAGACUCUGCUGGAUCACAAGGAAGACAUGACAGCUGCGCACCUGGCCAUGAAUUGGGAACUGGUGGAAAAUGAGUUGGUGUUGGAGCAGGCAACAGGGCUGGAAGCAGGAAGACCAAAUGUGGGGUCACGUGACCCACACAUCUCACAGUUGGAGAUUGAUAGCGAGGAGGAGUUUCGCCAAGAUUACGACGAGGCAGUUGACACAGUGCAAGGCUACUACAACAUGCUCCCCGAGCUCUUCCCUGAUGACCCAUCGGUGACAGGCCAGCCCCGGUUCUCUCUCCACCACGCAGACUUCCGCGAGGCCAACAUCUUUGUCGACCCGGACACUUUCGAGGUGACGGGCAUUCUCGAUUGGGAAAACGCCAUGACCCUGCCCGACUGGUACGCCCCGGCAGACUACCCGCUGUUGUUGCGGGCGGCGGAACCCUUCGAUGAGAGGACACCUAACGUCCCCGAGACGUUUGAUGAGGACGACGAGCGUUAUAACCCUGCAAUGGAGUCAAGCUUUGACCGCUGGGAACUGCGUAUCCUCCGAAACCGCUACGAUGAGGCGCUCGAGAAGCUGAGGUGGGAAGGCUGGAGGCUGACAUCAGAUGUGGCGACGGCGAAGACAUUAUUCUUAGAGGGGGCGUAUCUGCUUGGUACCGAUUUUGACCAAGCAAAGAGACAUCUCGUAUGGGCUCGGGCGGCCCUGGAUGGUGAUGAAGAAGAGGAGGGUGAAGAGGGAGAAGACAAGGAGGAGGCGGGGGGCGAGAAGGAGGGAGAGGAUAAGGAGGAACAGGAUAGGCAUGAGGAUGGAGAUAAGAGGGAGGAAGAAGAUAAGAAGGAGGAAGAGGAUAGGAAGGAGGUAGAGGACAAGAAGGAGGAACGGGGCAGACAUGAGAAAGAGGACAAGAAUGAGGAUGGGGAUAGGAGCGAGAGAGCAAACGAGAGGGAAGAGAAUAAGAAGGAGGAGGAGGAUAAGGGAGGGAGAAAGCUCUCGUUGUCUGACUGGCAUGAACUUCGUAGGAUAGGCUAA